AUGCCCUUCCCCUUCACUCUCCCCACUACAUCAGCCUUCUCCGUUUCUUCCUUUUUCAAUAGCGACUCUCAUCCAUCUCUUCCACUAUCAGCGAGCACUUAUCGUGGAGUUCUGCGAAAUAAUCUAAAAAAACAUAAACGUCUACCACAUCAUGAGCAAGCAUCAAAUCUGGGGAAUAUACUUCAAAGUCUCAACAAUUACAUUCCAUAUCUACUCGCACUUGAUACGGGGCUUGGAAGCCAGACUGUAGCUGGCGAAGAACUAGACGUUGUUCUCAAAUCAACACCAAUUCUAGAAUGGAGGCCAACGCUGUCUGACAAUGCUAUUCCUGGGCGGGAAGUUACUAGGUUGAAGAUCAAGUCUCUCGAAUAUGAGAUCUAUUUUGUCCUCUCAACACUAGCAUAUACCCACACCCUACUGUCCCGAGUUUCUCUCAAUCCCCUCUUCUCCUCAGCAACCGCAUCUCCCACCCCCGAACAGCGGACCCUCGCCAUUACAACGGCAACAAAGCACCUCCUUUUAGCGUCCUCAAUCCACGACUACCUCUCUACGCGCUCAGAUCAAGUCGCAACAGAUCCUCCUUGCACAGACAUCACCAAAUCCACGUUCCGGGCUCUCUCUUCAUUAGCCAUGGCUGAGGCUACUCUAUUGGCAGUCCUGAAAGAUGAUCCCUAUCCUGCCGCUGUAGCGCAAGAUCGUAACAAGAAUGACAAGGAGUGGAUGAUCAAAGCCCCUGAGAUUCCAAAAGUACGAGCGCACCUCUUCGCACGUUUAUGCCUGGCGGCUGCUGAACAUGCUGCUAAUGCACAUUCGUUGUUGAGCUCGCAUUCUGGGAAGGGGAAGAUUGAUUCUGAUCUUUUGAAGUACGUCGAUGAUUUGAGGAGGACGGGGCGUGGCAAGGCAUGUCGGUUCUUUGGCAUUGAUGCCGAGCUAGGCGGACAGACGGGCGCGGGACUAGCUUGGCUGCAAGCUGGUAUGCAUGAGCUGGGGUUGGCGUUGAAGGAGGACGGGAAGAAGGGGUUGAGUUUAGGUCGUUUCAAGAAAGAGUGGGCGGAUAAGGAGGACAGGAGGGUGGAAAAUGGGGCAGAUUGGGGUGCUGAUGCUGGGAAGUCGGAGGAGGGCAGGGUGUUGGAGAUGUUGGAGAAGAAAUGGAACAAGAUGAACGAUACGAUCAACACGCAAUCCAUACCCCCAAUUGGACCCUUGAUGUCUUCUAUGCCAUCAGGGCGCGAGAUUCACAGCAUGAAAGCUUUUAUUCCUCCGGUUCUUGAGGCCUCUGUUCUAGAGAACAUGAGAGCACCGCCUGAUCGCGUGGAUGAUUAUGGUGAUGCAAGUUCGGAUGAAGAUUCUAAGAAGCAGGAACCUGUAGGAGCGUUCCCAGGUACGAAAGAAGAUUAUCCGAGUAGUUAUAGUUAUUACUAA